UUUAUUCUUCUUGCUGGGCAAGAAAGAGAGAGAGAGAGAGAGAGAGAGAGAGAGAGAGAGGUUGAGAAGAAGAGGAAUUGAAUAUGGAUUUCGAGCUGAGAGCGGCGAGGGAGAAGCUUGAGAGGGAGCAGAGGGAGAGGAAGGCCAAAGCCAAGGCCAAGCUUGAGAAGGAGAGGAAGGCUAAGGCGGAGGCGGCUCGUCAGCGUGAUGCUAUCGAAGCGGUUCAGAGAACCAGAAGGAUCGAUGCUGCCAGCGCCCUUCUCCAGGCAGAACAGCAGAUGGAGGAAAAUUUGCUCAUUGGAAAAGGAGUUGUCUUCUCCCGGAUUCUUGAAGCCUCACUCUGCGAGGGAUAUGGAGAUAAGAUAAAACUCCCACCUUCUUGUUUCUCAGAAUUGUCUGAGCAAGGAGCUCUUGAUAAAGGUCCUAUGUAUUUUAGGCUGUCGAAAGUUGAUAACCACGCUUCUUCAGGAUCUGAUAUCAGCGGUCACACUCCUGGAACAACUUACUCAGGUGUUCUUGAAUUUACUGCUUCUGAAGGUUCUGUGGAGCUACCUCCACAUGUCUGGAACAACUUGUUCUUAGGUGGCCGUCCUGAUGUUCCUUUAGUUGAUGUCUGUUAUGUUAGCUUGCUGAAAGGUACAUAUGCAAAACUGCAAUCUGAAGAUACGAGUUUCUUUGAUGUCCCUAACCACAAGGCUGUUCUUGAAACAACACUUCGCCGGCAUGCAACCCUAUCUCAAGGUGAUAUUAUUACCGUCAAUCAUGGAGAACUAGUGUACAGAUUACAGGUUCUUGACCUUAAACCAGCAGCAAGUGUGUCUGUUCUUGAAACAGAUAUCCAAGUUGAUAUAGAGGGAGUGUACUCUGAUUCCAAUGGCAAUAAGAACCAAUAUACCCUUAUACCCCUUGUUCUGGGGAAGUCUGAAUCAGGAACUGUUGAGGAAGGAAAGUUUAACUACUAUAAGUUUUCCAUUGAAGAUAACAUGAGGGAGGAGGUUGCAUCUGGGAUUGCAAAUCUUGAAGUAAGAAUAGAGGUUGACUCAUGUGAUGGGGACACCAAUGUAUAUGUAUCUAGGCAUCCAUUGGUUUUCCCAACUCCUCACCUUCAUGAAUGGUCUUCUCAUGAGAUGGGCUCAAAAAGAUUGAUUCUUAAUCAGAGGGAUCCAAGUAUGGUUGCCGGUACCUACAGCAUUGGGGUCUUUGGUUUCAAGGGACUUACUAGAUAUAGUAUAUCGGUUGUUCUUAACAAUAACAAUGUCCAUAAAGUCGGAGAACAAGCUAAUACUUCAUCUCAAACUGAUAUGGAUUCUUCAGAAUGUCGGAAUUGCAGACACUUAAUAUCAAACCGGACGUUGAUGCUUCAUGAAGCCUACUGCAUCAGACACAAUGUUCUUUGCCAGCACGAUGGUUGUGGCAUUGUUCUUAAGAAGGAAGAAGCAGAAAAUCACGCACAUUGUACCAAGUGUGGAAGGGGCUUAUCACAGGGAGAGAUGGAGAAGCAUAUGAAAGUUUUUCACGAGCCUAUUCAUUGUUCAUGCGGAAUCAUGCUAGAGAAGGAGGACAUGGUUCAACAUCAAAUCUCGCAAUGCCCGCUGCGGCUAAUUACAUGUCGUUUUUGUGGAGACAUGGUUCAAGCAGGGAGCUUAGCAGUUGAUGCCCGGGAUAGGUUGAGAGGACUCUCUGAGCACGAAAGUAUUUGUGGGUCGAGAACGGCGCCAUGUGAUUCAUGUGGCAGGUCAGUGAUGCUAAAGGAGAUGGAUAUUCAUGUGAUUGCAGUGCACCAGAAGAGUUGACAGCUUAAGUAUGAUUUUCAUCUUCUUCAAUGAUUCAGUUUCCUUUGCAUGGUUUUGCAAUGGAAAAAUCAUUAUUGCCAGCUUUGGAACUCUCUCUUGUGGAUUUCUGUAUUUGUGUUAGGUUUCAUUUCAAAACAAGUGAUUACUGUAUAAACGAAUCCUGGGGCUGUGUUGUGCUAUUGUCCUGGGACUUACCAGAAAUCUCUGUUCAAUUUGUCUUCAGUCCCUGGAGCUUCUAGGCUCAUUAGAUUCUUGUUGCAUUGGUCUAUAAUUUUGUAAAAAUAAGUUGUUUGUUUCACUGGUUUAUUUUUGAAGACCAUAUGAAUCUUUUAAAUGGA